UCCUCAAACUUCGCUGCAUUUCCUUAACUUUCUCUCUCUUAAACUAGAAAUAAACCUAUCCUUCCAUUGCUAUAAAAGUAAGCUCCAUUUUCCUUCAAGUCUCCUCCAUACCAAACCUCUCUCUUCUCAUCUUAAAGAACAACAAGAAAGACAAAAAAAAAGUUAGAGAAAAUGGACGUUCCCAAGAGAAAGCCUUAUUUCAAAGAAGAAGAAGCUGAUAUGGAAGCUGGAGUUUCAUCUCCUUCUUCUUUAUACAAAAACAUGAAUCGGUACCAUCCUCAGAGUUACUAUAAUUACCAUCAGUACUCACCCAGAUCCGUUGUUGUUCCUGGGAAGUUCCAUGAUUUUAGAUUCGACCAUAGCUCUUUCGGACAACAAUCACUUCCUCAUUUCUUGGACUCCUGUUCUCUCUGUAAGAAGCGUCUUGGUAAUAACAGAGACAUCUUCAUGUACAGAGGAGACACACCGUUCUGUAGCGAAGAGUGUAGAGAAGAACAGAUAAAUAAAGACGAAGCGAAAGAGAAGAAACGUAAUCUGUCUUCAUCUGUGAAAGCUAUGAGAAGAAAUGAAAAGAGAAGCUCUUCUUCUUCUCCAACUAGAUCUCGUGACUAUGCUUUACAAACUGGAACUGUUGUUGCUGCCUAGUUCGGUUCCUCCUUAUUUCAAACUGGAAGAUUUUUUUUAAAAAGUGAGAAGAAUCCAUUAACGUCAAUUGCAGUAAAAGCUGGUUAAUGGUUCGAAUAUGAAAAACUCAGGGAAACAAAAAAAUGAUAAAAAGAAAAUAUAAGGUGAAGAAACCUCUCUUUUUCAAGGGGUUGUCUCUUUUUUUUCUUUUUCA